AGUGAUUUGAACGUUGAUCCAUCGCCGAUAACUGCAGAGUUUAAUCCGUAUGCCAAUUCAGACUGGAUGGGCUCUCAGAUGGGAUCACUGAAGACCUUGCCAUCGAGCAAACUCGGUCCGGAAAUCGUCGAAUAUGAAUUACAUCCAGAGAACCUGGAUCUGCUCAACUUAGAUUCUUUUGAUAGCCAACAAUCGAUUUUGGAUCAAGACCUAAGUACGCAAACCUCUAUCUUGCGCCAACAGCUUUCAACUGCUAGUACCAGCAAUGAAGAGCUUCUCUUCGCACCUAUACCAUCCGGUAUGGGCUCCCUAGACAGUUAUGAUGGUGGAUUCCUACUCAAGAAUGAGUUAGAUGAUUGUGACAGUGGCCUAUCCAUGCCAGCCACCCCGCACGAUGACAUGCUCAGCUUCAACCAAGUAUCCAGGUUGUCGUCCGUUAUCUCAGCAGAUAGCCUUGACUCUAUUACUAGCGAUAUAUUUCCUGGCGAAGAAGUUCUGUCUAGCCACAAGAGUCAGCAACUCAACGAUCGCUACUCGAUGGCGUUCUGCGACACGCCUGAUAUAACUGACUCUAUAUCCUUCAAUUACAAUGACUUCGGUAGGGCUUCUACAAGCUCCUUCGGAAGUGAUAUGACUUUUUCAUCCGGCGCUUCGGUGGGCAAUGAAUCUCCAAAGGAAGACGUCAAACUUUAUACACCACAUGCAACUCAAACGCUGCUUGCUAGUCAAGUGCCCAGCACUGUUCAGCAGUUUCAGCAGCAGCAGCAGAAGCAACAAUACCUACAGCAAGGACCUCCCGUGGGCACCAGACAUGCUCACAUGUACAGAGCUGUGGAGGAAUACGCUAGCACCGGCUCGAUGGCGAGCAUACAGAGUGCUACCAACGACUUGAACAGCUCCAAGUCACAGAAAACAUCCGACACAACUCCACAAGUCGCAAAUGCGACUUCUACCGGUAACCCUACGCCUCAGAUCAGAGCCAGAUCAUCCGAUAGUGUCUCAUCUUGCGGUUCUACGGGAGUAGUGAAAAAGACAAAGCGGCCUUCAAAGGCUACCACUGCAAACAAAGCACAAGCCCAGCUUGCUAAGAAUGCCAGUAAAAUAGAGCAACCACAUCAAACCAAAAUUCCUUCCAAACUCGGAGAAAGUGCGGUUAAGCGCGCAGUAUCUGGUAGUGUUCUGAACUCUACAUCUACCAACCCUACUGGUAACUCUAAAGCGGGGUCUACACAGGGACAGAAGGCUGAUUCUACGACACCCGUAGCCUGCGCCAACUGCGAGACAACCACCACCACCAUGUGGCGCAACAACUCUGCUGGCCAGGUUGUUUGCAAUGCUUGUGGCCUAUACGAGCGUGUCAAUAACUGCACGCGACCCAAGUACCUCAAGAGUCAAACCAUCCGUCGCCGCAAGCCUCGUCGAUGCAAGCAAUUGGAACAAGGUGUUCGCCCAUGUGUCGUCCAGAUCCGACCCAACCUGAAUACCUUGGGGCCUCUUGCACCCAUCCAGCAAUCGCAUAUUUACAACCCCAAGAUGCAGCACCAGCAGCAGAUUAUCACUGCACAGCACCCGCAGCGAGACUUGGGCAACAAUCAAAUCCAGCAGGGACACGCUCAGGCACAAACUCAAGGCAUGACCGGACAGAGCGCUAGACCACUGGCCAAGGUUAGUGCAUCGGCCACUGAGAAGCCUCCUGUGACUUUGAAACGAAAGAUCGACCAAUCUUCUGGCUUGAAGCGCUCUGCCUCUCGCAUGUCCUACAGUCCCUCUACUGGACAGCACAUGGGGUAUCAGAACUCAAACAGCAAUCCCGCGAAGAAGCUCCGAAUGGCUGAAUCCGUUCCGACUCCAUCCAACAUUCGUUCCGCCACUUUGCCAAAGCCCAUGAAUGUGGCCGGCUCAAGCGACAUCACGCUGUCAUCUAAAGGUGCGGUAGCCUUCAACAGCAGUAUGCAACGAGUGAUCAUGAACCGUUGCAAGAACAUUCGCCGUCCUGUCGACUACGAAGCCGGAUCGACGUCCUCAAUCCUUGCUUCAGUAGUCAAGGCAGAGCUUGUGUAAUCCUGCCAAGCUAAAACAUAUAUCCGCCUGUACUCUCCUGGCACUCGAACUACAAACUACGACUGGCAACAACAAACCGAGCGCCAGGAGAGGGCAACAACCAAACAUGUGUACAUAGAAAUGAAAAAUACUACAAAAAUCGCCCAAGACUACGAUAGCGACUACAACGAUUGCCAAAAACUAUGCAAGUUACUGUGAUACUUUCUUCGCCAUAUGACUAGGAACAAGCACUAACCAGAACAAGAAAGAAAUAACUUACGAAGGCGCAUCUGUGAUGCCCUGGGGUCACUAUAGUCACUAUAGACCAUCUGUCCGAAUCCGCAAUAAACCAUCCCGUAUCCACAA